UACCUGGUGAUGGACUACUACGUUGGGGGUGACCUCCUCACCCUGCUGAGCAAGUUUGGCGAUUGCAUCCCGCUGGAGAUGGCCCGCUUCUACUUGGCUGAGAUGGUGAUGGCCAUUGACUCCAUUCACAGCAUGGGAUACGUGCACAGGGACAUCAAACCCGACAACAUCCUUCUCGAUCGGUGCGGCCACAUCCGGCUGGGGGACUUCGGAUCCUGUCUGAAGCUUCGAGAAGACGGGACGGUCUGUUCCACAGUGGCAGUGGGCACCCCAGAUUACCUCUCCCCGGAGAUCUUGCGAGCAGUGGAAGAUGGGCUUCAUUCCUACGGCACAGAAUGUGACUGGUGGUCUCUGGGCAUUUUUGCCUAUGAGAUGUUCUUUGGGCACACCCCCUUCUUUGCCGACUCCGUCGUGGAGACCUACGGCAAGAUUCUGCACUUCAAGGAGCAUUUCCGCUUCCCUCUCUCGGCCCCAGAGUUCCCCGCGGAAGCCCAGGCCUUAAUCGAAGGGCUGGUCUGUGCCCGGGAGACCCGUCUGGGACGCAACGGAGUCCAGGACUUCAAGGAGCACCCCUUCUUCGCCGGCCUCGACUGGCAGGGCCUGCGGGACUGCAGCCCGUCCUUCGUGCCCGAGUUCGCCAACGCCACCGACACGUGCAACUUCGACGUGGUGGACGACUGUCUCACCGACAUGGAGACCCUGUGGGACGUCAUUGAGACCUCUCCCCUCGGAGUGCAGCUGCCCUUUGUGGGGUACUCCUACACUUACACGGCUGUGAAACAGAAAGACCCCCAGGAAAGUGACCCCGGGCCCAUCGCCAUGGAGGUUGACCCUGCUGGGAAGAGGCCGCCAGGCGGAGCCCAGGAGACGCCUCCAGGGGAGCUGGCCUGCAAACUGCCCGACGGGCCAAAGCCGGAGCAGCCCCUGUUUCUCGAACUGCAGGCCGCCUUGGAGGCGGAACUGAAGAGCCGGGAGCGGUUGUGUCAAGAGCUCAGCGUGGUCAAGGUGGCCAACCAGACUUUCGCCAGCCAGCUAAAGGACGCCGAGAGCCGGAAUGUGGAACUGGAAGCUCAGAUCAAAGGCUUGAAGGAGCAGAUCGAAGGCAUGAAAGCGACAUCUCAGCAGGGCAAGUCUAGUGUUCCCCUGUAGAUUCUUCCCCAUCCUCAUCAGCUCCCCGGGGCCACUUGGGGCACCCCCAAAAGGACAGGGAGUCCUCGACUUAUUGCUUUAGUGCAGAGGUCUCCUUUUAAGACCUGCGGACUUCCACUCCCAGAAUUCCCCAGCCAGCUAUGACCUGGGCUGGAUGACAUCAUCAAGCAGGUGACAUUACUGGGGCUUCAACCAGUUCCUUCUAGUACAGGGGUCCCCAAAGUUGGCCACUUUAAGACUGGUGGACUUCAACUCCCA